AUGGAUGGUAAGAGUCAAGAAUGGCUAUGGCCAAGUCCUGCGACUGUGUCCUCACCGAACAGUGAUUCUAAUGGACCAAGCUUCAUACGCCUGCAAAAUUUACUAACAGGCGAGCAGAAUACCGACACUUUUCAUCAGCAAGCAGCUACGACCCCUGGCUGUACUUUCAGAAGAUGCUUAGGAUCGUUAAUGCAAGUUCCUAGUCAAACGAAGCGACAUAAUGGUCUGAAGCCGAAAGAAGUAGUAAUUAAAGAAGCUAAAGAUUUCUUGAUGGAAUAUUACGCAUCGCUUCGGAAGGAAAAUACGGAAGCUCACUUAAAGCGCCAAGCUGAUGUAAUUGAUGAAAUCCAAGCCAAAGGACUUUACGAACUUACAGAGCAAGAGUUAACUUACGGUUGCAGACUAGCUUGGAGAAAUGCUUCUCGAUGUAUUGGACGCAUUCAAUGGGGGAAUUUACAUGUAUUUGAUGCAAGGGAUGCAGUUACACCAGAAGAUAUGUUUAAUGCUAUCACUGAUCAUGUAAAGUACGCCACCAAUAAGGGUAAUAUAAGGUCGUCGAUCACAGUAUUUCCCCCAAGACGUGAUAGUAUGCAUGAUUUUCGUGUUUGGAAUGUUCAGCUAAUUCGCUACGCAGGAUAUGAGCAAGCUGACGGUUCUGUGAUAGGUGAUCCUUCAAAUAUCGAAUUUACAAAGAUAUGCCAAUCGUAUGGUUGGCGAGGUAAUGGAGGCAUGUUCGAUGUGUUACCACUUCUAUUGCAAGCUAACGGAACCGAACCCCACUUAUUUGAAAUACCCGAAGAAUUAAUUCUAGAAGUGCCUAUUUCUCAUCCUGAGUAUGAUUGGUUUGAGGAACUUAAACUGCGAUGGUAUGCGUUACCAGCAGUCUCGUGUCUUUUACUCGAUAUUGGAGGGGUGGAAUUUCCAGCUUGCCCCUUUAAUGGAUGGUAUAUGGUGACCGAAAUUGGCGCUAGGGACUUAGGGGAUACUAAUCGAUACAAUUUGUGUAAACCGGUUGCUCAAUACCUAAAACUUGAUACUCGAAGUGAGACAACGUUAUGGCGAGAUAAAGCAAUAGUGGAACUAAACCGUGCAGUUAUGCAUAGCUUUCUGAAACAUAAAGUCACCUUGGUUGACCAUCAUACUGCUUCAAAUACGUUUAUGCAACAUUUAGACAAUGAGCAAAAGUUACGCGGUGGCUGUCCUGCUGAUUGGGUAUGGAUAGUUCCUCCGAUAUCAGGAUCAGCGACAAAAGUGUAUCAUCAGGAAAUGUUGAAUUAUAAAAUCAAGCCAUCGUUUGAGUAUCAGGAAGAUCCAUGGAAAAUUCAUACCAAGGGGUCUCAGCGAAAAUUUAAAGAUAUCGCCAAGCUUGUUGUAGUCUCUACAGACUUAAUGGGUAAGGUAUUAGCAAAGCGAAUUAGGGCAACAAUUUUAUACGCUACUGAAACCGGAACUUCAGAAAGAUAUGCUAAGAUGUUAAAGAAGUUACUUGAUAUUAAAUUUGAUGCUAAGGUCGUUUGUAUGGCAGACUAUGAUUUUAGUAACUUGGAUUAUGAGAAGUUAGUCUUUAUUGUAGCUAGCACUUUUGGUAAUGCUGAAGCACCACAUAACGGCGAGGAAUUUGGUAGAAGAUUACAUUUUCGGGCACAUCCAAUAGAUUUAAACGCCUCUAGAACUGGUAGUUUACAUUUACCAAGACGUAAAAGUAAGCUGCGCGCCAACGAAACUGAAGAUCGAACUUCUUCGUUUAUGAUAAAUGUAAAAUAUUCCGUUUUUGCAUUAGGAUCCCGGGCGUACGGAGAAAAUUUUUGUGCAUUUGGGAGAUCGCUAGAUACUUUACUGCGCGACUUUGGUGGUGAGAGGAUUUGUCCUUUAGGGGAAGGGGAUGAACUUUGCGGGCAGGAGGAAUCAUUUAGGUCGUGGGCUGGAAAAGCUUUUCGGGCUGCUUGUGAGACAUUCUGUAUUGAUGCAGUGGAUCAUUCAGAUGCUACUACCUCACUAACAACUAUACCAUCUUGGUCGGAGAAUAAUUUUCGGCUAGUAUUUGAUAAAAAGAAGACAGCAGCAGGACUCUUGGAAGCUUUAUCUGAACUUCAUUCAACACACAUUGAACCCCUUACCGUUCUUUCGGUUACGAAUUUACAGUCAUCAUCUUCACUGCGUUCUACCGUACUUGUUAAACUGAAAAAGGCAAGCGAAUCCAAUUUGUGCUACUUUCCGGGUGAUCAUUUAUCAGUUUUCCCACGUAACGAUCCGGAAAUAGUGGAUCAACUAUUACGCAAACUAGCUGAUAAAGAAUCUUCAGAUAUUACUACUCAGCUGGAGUAUUUAAGUAACGAGGGUAUUUGGACUGUUGACACUCAUAUGCCGGCCACUUUUACGCUAAGAGAAGCAUUUAUGCGAUUUAUUGAUAUUACUUCUCCGCCAACGCCACAAUUUUUGCACUGUUUGACUAGUCUGGCUAUGGACCAAAAUGAUCGGAAUAAACUUGCAGAAUUAGCAAAAGGUUCAAAAGAGUAUGAAGAUUGGAAAUUCUGGAAAAAUCCAGGUUUAAUUGAUGUAAUUGAAGAAUUUCCCUCCGUACGAUUACCAGCAACUUUGCUUCUGUUGAAGCUGCCGAGAUUAAAACAACGUUACUAUUCAAUUUCAUCAUCUAUGGCAAUGACCCCGGAUGAGAUUCAUAUUACGGUAUCUGUAGUUGCUUAUCACACAAAGUCAGGUAAGCUACGUCGUGGUAUUUGUUCGAAUUGGCUUAAUUCGUUAAAAGAAGGAGAAAGUGUUCCAUGUUUUAUAAGAGCAGCACACGGUUUUCGUAUGCCGCCUGAUCAGUCAGUUCCUAUAAUUAUGAUUGGACCUGGAACCGGAAUUGCUCCAUUUAGAAGUUUUUGGCAGCAGAGACUAGCAGACAAGAAUAGAGAAGCAGCAUUUCCUGUUACGGUUACUAAAGAAACUAGAUUUGGUAAAAUGACGUUAUUCUUUGGAUGCAGAGAAUCAACUAAGGACGAUAUUUACAUGGACGAAUUGAAAGAUUGUUUAACAAAUGGUGUACUCGAUGUAGUUCACAAGGCCUAUUCUAGAGAACCUGGCCAACAAAAGCGAUACGUACAAGAUUUAAUGAAGGAUCACGGUGGAGAUUUAUUACAUACGAUUUUAGAUGAGGACGGACAUAUCUAUGUAUGUGGUGAUGUCUCUAUGGCAGCUGAUGUCUCAAGAACGAUUCAGAACCUGUUAAUUGACUACGGACUUUUCGACCAAGAAGAUGCUAUAGAAUACGUAAAAACUAUGAAGGAAAGGGGUAGAUAUCAUGAAGAUAUUUUCGGUAUUACCUUACGGACAGGGGAAGUUACCGAAAGGAUUCGAAAAGCGGCACAGAGGUAA